UCUGAAUACGAUACUUACUUCAUUUUCUGUAUUUUUUAUUUAGUGAUUCGCGAAUACUUGGUUACAAUUUCGAAAUUGAGUUCUGUGUGAUUUUAGAAUUUUUUCUGGACAGGCUCUGCGUUAUAAUUUCAGGCAUAUAUAUAUAUAAGGUGGAUUCGCGUCAAGAUGGAGAAUAGAUUCACAACUGUAAUUUCCGGAAUUUCUGGAAAAUUUCCAGAUUGCGAAAGUGUUACUGAAUUUAGUUCUAAGCUCUACAGUGGAAAAUCUUUCAUGUCUUUAGCACCCGACAGAUGGCCAAUUAAUUACAGAUACAAAUAUACUGACAUCGUGCUUCCACCAGCCACUGGCAAAUUUAAACUUCUGAAAGAAUUUGAUCCGGUGGUAUUCAGAAUGAACAAAAUCACAGCCGAAUGUACCGAUGCAAUAACGCGUAAAAUUCUAGAACCAUCAUUUGAAGCUGUGAUGGAUGCUGGACUUAAUCCUUAUGAUUUAGAUGGUAGAAACAUCGGAGUUUUUAUGGCAUAUAGUCAUAGUGACUCCGAGUCAAGAGCGAUUUCUGAUUCCUGCGAAGGUCGACUUUAUGUGCUUGGCGCCAGUAAAACAAUGAUGCCGAACAGAGUGUCAUUUGCACUAAAUUUGAGAGGACCAAGUUUCACAUUUGGAAACGAUAUAUUCGGUAAUUUGAGUGCACUUAAUGAAGCUUAUGACAGCGUGUCAAAAGGUCGUGUGGAAGCUGCUAUCGUUGGUAUUUGUACAUGUGUGCAGCAUCCUAUGUUGAGUGUGAACUUGACGAAAAUGAAUGUCCUCAGUCCGGAUUCAGAGACUCGAGUGUUUGAUAAAAAUGCAAAUGGCUACGGUAGAAGUGAUGGAUUGGUAACAUUAUUUAUUCAAAGGGCUGAUGACGCAAAACGUAAUUACGCAACAAUAGAUUUCAGCGGUUUCACUUAUUUCGGAUCAAAUCCUAAUUCGUAUUUCAAUUUUGAUGAAAAUUUAUUAAGAGAUGCAAUAGAUGAUUUAUACAAGCGAAAAAAUUAUGAAACUACCGAUGACAUAUCAUUUAUUGAAAUGAGUGCUUGUGGUUUAAAAAUGUACGACAAAAUAGAAUCGAAUUUUAUUGCUGAUACGUUAUGCAAAAAUAGAAAAAAUCCUUUGCUUGUCGGUUCAGUAAAAAGCAACGUUGGCAUGACUGAUUCCACAGGUCCUUAUGUUAGCGUAAUUAAAGCUAUACUUGCUUUAGAAUCCGGCAUCAUAGCUCCUAACCAAAAUCUCAAUGAGAUUAACGACCAGAUUAAGGCAUUUGCUGAGAAUAAAUUAGAGGUUGUAACUAAACCUACGCCAUUACUCAGCGAUAAGAUUGUAGUCAAUUCAGUUGGGAUCACCGGUGCCUUGAGUCAAGUUAUACUGAAACAAAAUUCGAAGAAAAUGUUGGAAAAUACUUCCUCCGCUGACGACCUUCCCAGAUUGGUUUUAGCUUGCGCGCGUACGGAAGUUGGAAUGGAAAAUUUGCUUAAAAAAUUGGAACAGAUCAAUUUUAAUGUGGAAUUCAUAUCAAUGGUAAAUGACGUAUUUUGUAAAGACAUGCCUUAUCACAUAUUUCGAGGGUACUCCAUCGUGUCGUCGGAUAUCACCUACCAGAAGAAAAACUCAUUUGAUGUUAAAGGAAACAAAACUCGACCCGUAUGGUUCCUAUUUUCUGGUAUGGGUUCCCAGUGGAAUGGUAUGGGCGAAGGUUUGUUGAAAAUUCCCAUCAUUGCAGAAACUGUGAAAAAGUGCGAUGAAGUGUUGCAAAGGGUGGGUGUUGAUAUAUACCACAUUUUGACCACCACUGAUCCAACUAUAUUCGAUAACAUUAUGCAUUCUUUUGUCGGGAUCAUCACGAUUCAAAUCGCUCUCGUUGAAGUUCUAAAAGCAUUAGGCAUCAAACCAGAUGGUAUAAUUGGCCAUUCUGUGGGUGAAAAUGCUUGUGCUUAUGCCGACGGAUGUUUGACUCUCGAACAAGCUGUGUUAUCAUCGUAUGCUCGAGGAAUGGCGUCCAUCCAAACAAAAACAAUACGUGGAAUGAUGGCUGCAGUUGGGAAAGGAUACAAUCAAAUAAAAAAUGACCUACCUGAAAGUAUUGAAGUCGCAUGUCACAACUCAGCUACCAGUUGCACAUUGAGUGGACCUACAGAGGACGUUGAAAAUUAUGUCAAACAAUUACAAGAACAGAAGGUAUUCGCCAAAGCUGUCAACGUCGCUAAUAUAGCCUACCAUUCCAAGCAUAUUGCUCCUGCUGCUCCUAAUCUUUUGGCUCGUUUAAAAGAGGUGAUUCCAACUCCAAUUAAACGUUCGCCAAUAUGGGUGAGCACUUCGGUAGCGGAAUCGGAUUGGGAUAAACCUUUGGCUCAGUAUUGUUCGGCGGAGUAUUUGACGAAUAAUCUUUUAAAUUGCGUUAUGUUUGAAGAAGGUAGCAAACAUAUACCACCAGAUGCUCUAGUCAUUGAAAUAGCUCCUCAUGGCCUACUACAGGCCAUUAUGAAACGAUCGUUACCAGAGACGUGUUCCAAUGUCGCUCUCACCAGAAGAAAUGCAGAAGGACAGAAUAUAGAAAAUAUUCUUUCUGCUAUUGGAGAAAUGUAUAUUCAUGGAUUAGAUGUAAACGUUAACGCAUUGUAUCCGAGCAUAGAAUAUCCUGUUUCACGAGAAACACCCUCCAUCGCACAAUUGGCAAGAUGGCAUCAUUCUACUGCAGAUGCUGGAAUUUUCCGUGUUGAUUUGGUCGGAUGUCAUAGUGGAGAUCCAGUAACCAUCCAAAUUAACAAUGACUCAAAAUAUCAUUAUUUGAAAGAUCAUCAAAUUAAUAAUCAAGUCAUUUUGCCGACUUCAUUUUUCAUGUAUCUUGCAUGGUGGGUAUUCUCUGUUCUUCAAGCCAAGACGCUUGAUUCGCAUCCAGUAAUUUUUGAAAAUGUGAAAUUAUGCAAGAACGUUUCGAUUUCAUUGGCCAAACCGAAAAAAUUCGCCGUUUUCUUUCAAAAAGGAAGUGGUAGAUUCGAAAUUGUGAAGCACAUUAAAUCAGGUCAUAAAAAGAAACUGACCGAAAUAAUGUCUGGAACCCUGUAUCAACCUUCAGAACUAACCCCAACAACCGUUGAUGAAACUAAUCUUCAAAACAUCAAGUAUACCAUUUCAAGCGACCAGCUCUAUAAUGUUUUCAAAUGCGCAGGAUACCAGUUGAAAGGCAUGUUUUGCAGUUUGGAAGAAAUGAAAUAUGAUAAAGAAGAUAGCUACGCAAAGAUAAGAUGGUGCAAUAAUUGGGUAUCUUUCUUAGAUUCUUUGCUGAAGUUCAACAUGUUUUCCGAAAUGAAAAAUAAAAAUGAUUUGCUAUAUACAUACAAAAUAAGAAAACUUGAAAUUUCUGCCGAUCAGAUUUCAUCUCUAGAAAAUGGAUCGAUUAUAAUGUGUCAUAGACAACAUAACACCAAUAUUACAACUUGCAAUGGUUUAAAGAUGUAUACAGUUGUAAACAAGCGUUUUUCGUUGAGCAGGUGCGAUAUAGGACUCAAAUGCGAGGGUUUACGUUUUGUUUCUCAUACAAAUCCAAGAUGUCAGAGCGUGGAAGAAUUUUUAAAUUUAUGUUUACAAAUCGCUGUCGAUAAUAUGAACUAUUACAUGUCGAAGAAAAGUAGAGAUGAUGCCAAGUUGAAUGUAAUUAUGGUAAACAACCUUUCGUGUUUCCAUACCUUGAAAAAUAUUAUGAAAAACCGUGAUGCGUUGAAGACGGAAGUACUUUUUCAUGAUGUGGAGCUGGCAUCAUUGAAAAAAUAUGUCAAAAAUGACGAAUGUUACAUGCUGAUAAUCGAUGACUUGGAUAUGGAUAUAGGAAAAUUUGUUGUAGAUGCGUCAUUCCUACUGGCAACUUCGUCGAAUGAUUCUUCUAUGAGACUUACCAAAAUUGAAGAAAAUUUUGUACUCAUCACUAAACAGCAGUUCUUGCACAAAAUAUUCUAUUUGUAUAGAAAAAAAUCUUUUAUUGAGGAAGACAACGUUCAAAUACAAAAUGCAGAUUGGUCAAAAUAUGAUGUUCCAAAACGAAAUGAAAGCGAGCUCACGUGUAUUGUCAAGCAAAGUAUCAAUUCAACUGACUUAUCUUUGAUGCUUAAUGAAACUAUGAUCCCUUCUGAUUCAAGGUAUUUGUUUGUUAUGGAUAAAAAUACGCCAACCGAAUCAGUUCUAAAAAGUGAACUCACUCGAGAUUCUUCGAUAUCAGUGCUGCAAAAGGGAGAAUGGGGUUCGUAUCGAAGUAUUUCAGAAAAUCGGUCAAAAUUGGAAGAAAAUCCAAAAAAUAACGCUGAUCUACCUGGAGAUAUUCAGAUGGAUUCAGUGUAUUUGAAGUAUCUAGGCUGCGAUAAAGAAAUCGAACAAUCUGAAGACAACAAAAUUUGGAAUUGCGGAAUUGAAUACUCCGGAGUACAAGAUACUGGGGAAAGAGUAAUGGGUUUGGCUGUAGUCAAUUCCAAUGAACCUAUAACCAAACCGGAUUCUAUUCUGAAAUGGACACCACCGAAUGAUUGGAGUCUGGAAGAUGCAGCUACUGUACCUUUCAUUUACACGCAAGCUUAUUACAUUCUGGAUGCGCCAGUAAUUCGGGGCCAACAAUACCUGAGUUCGGUUUUGAUCAACGUUAGCGAUGAAGGACCUUUUUGUGAAGCUUGCAUCUCGAUUUGUCUUAGUAGAAAGUAUAUAGUUUACGUCAGCGUGUCCAGUGACGAAGAAGCUGAUUUGAUAAAGAAAAAAUUCCCACAACUUGACGAAAAACGAAUAUUCAAUUUGGAAAAAUGCUCAUUUCAAGCCGAAAUAUUGAAAUUGACCAAUGGUUUCGGAGUGAGUCUUGUUGUGAAUUGCUUGCCCGGAAUCGAAAGUAUACAAGAAUCCUUGAAUUGCGCCGGCGAUCUCAGCUAUUGUAUCCAAAUUGGUAAAACAAAUGACUGGGAAUCACAACUAUUAGAAUUAUACCCAUUUUUGAAAGCCCUUUCAUUUCUCAUGAUUCCAAAUAAAAUAUUGAAACUACUGGCCAGACUCCCAGAUGAGGAAAAACAAAACUUAAAAAGUUUGGUGGAAGAUGGAAUUAGGAGUGGCAUCGUGGUACCAUUUAAAAGUAAUGUUCAAAUUCAAGGAAUGUCUGAAAAUAAUCAAUUUCCGAAAAAAGAUCAUAUUAAGACUAUUUUCAAGUGGUUACGGAAUAGUGAAUUGUGCCGCAAUAUGAAUCAAAAGAUACGCUUCGAUAAUAAUCAUUCUUAUAUUAUUCUUGGUGGUGAAAAAAAGAACUAUUCUUGGUUCGAAUUACUGGAAUGGCUGAUGAGCAAAGGUGCUCGAAAAUUCAUUGCCUCAGUUGAUAACUUCUUUGUUGGACCAAAUAUAUCGCACAAAAUAAACCGUUUAUUGAAUCAGAAAAAAGCAACGAUUAUACUGAGCUCAUCUCGAAAAACUGAAACCCUUCAAGAUGCCGAAACUCUGGUCCAAGAUGCUAAUAAAAUGGCUCCCUUGGAAGCUGUAUUCUUCGCAUCGGUGGAAUCAAUAGGCAAAAAAGCCCAUAAUAUGGACUUGGCAACUCGAAAACUCAACCCAAAUAUUCAUCUUGUGAGUAUAUUCUCUGGCGGUCUUAAAGAAUGCGAAUCAAGACGAUUUGCAGGAUCACCUGCAGUUGUAUUUCAUGGUAAUAGAUCAACGCAUAAAUUAUCUGCUGUUUUACCUCUCAUCGACGACGUUCUGUCCCAAUUCGACAAUAGCAAUUCGCCUACUCUUUAUCGUUUCAAAAAUACAGAAAACAAAACUGCUGAGUCAGCGUUGAGGAAUUAUUUGCCUCACGAUGUUAAUAUUUUUGAGAAAAUCGCUGAUGACUUAUCGGAUAAAUUGGAAUUUGUUGAAGUCACCACAAAAGCACCCCGAUAUUCAAAUCUAAAAGAUUGCUUCCCAAUUUUCAUAAUUUCCACUCUUGGCCCUAAGCCAUUGAAAAGUUUGUUGUCAAACCUUAUGAGCCCAGCUUUUUGCUCUAGCAUUGGAAUGAGUAAAUUUUCUAUAAAAGAAUCAGCUGCAAAGUUAUACGAAUCUCUGAAUAGCAUCCAAAGUAAAGCAGGAGUUACUCUCUUAUCGGAAACGUGGGCUACUCCGAUAGCUUUUGAGUUGAUAAAACUAUUGGAUCAGGAUAAAAGAAAAUAUCGACUAUUUGCCUUAGAAGGUAAUCCGCUCACUUGGAAGGAUCGUAUUAGAAGCCUAGGUCCAAUGAAUUCGAGUCAAUUUGAAAAUUACCUAAUCGCUGAAUUAUUUAAUAUUUACCCUGAGAUCCGUUUGGAUACUUUACUGGGAGUGAACAAGCCAUUACCUGAAAAAAUAUCAGAUUAUUUGUAUAGUCAAAAUUAUCCAUCUGUUAAUAUUGUUAGUAUUUCAAAAGUACUUGAAUCCAUUCAGCUUGGAUUAGAAAUGAUGUUGAAAUAUGAAUACAAUGACGAAUGUAUCAAAAAUACCAUCUCCUUGCUACAAAAUCCAAACGAAAAUAAACCAUUACGGAUUUCUGUCACGAGUGAAAUGUUCAUACAUGAAGAAGAAAAUUAUCAGAAAUUUUUAAGCAGUUAUGAAGUGUCGAAAAAAAUUAAUGGCAAUAUUUUAUACACCUUAUGGUAUGACUGAGAAAUGAACUAAACAGUUAUGUACCUACUUAAAUAAUUCGCUAAUAUUGUGCCAAUACACUAUUAAUUUCUGUUCUAAA